AUGUAUGUGGCCGGAGCAACGGUCACCAUCCUCAUGGUGGGAACAUAUGUGUCGCGAGAUGCAAAGCUCUUUCUGAGCAGCAGUAUCCAAUGGCUCCCUACCGUCACAUUCUUGCUGCUGGCUUUCUUCAUCCGAAGCUCUGGGAGCGAAAAGAUCCACUUCGUGCCAUUGCGGCUACCGAGCUGGCUUGUGAAGACGCAGCUUUUGAACUUGCUCUCCACUUCUGUGCUUUCCUUGACGGUCACGUUUCUUCAGGCGCAAGAAGCCUUUGCGCAGCAAGUGCUCUCGCAAGAUGCCGGGUGGAACCACUUUCUGAUGUACCUCUCCUAUAGUUUGCCUACCGUCGCAAGCACCUUGGCCGUCCUGGUGCCUUCCAUGCGAUCCCUCGUGGAACAGUCGCAGGCCCAUCAGCAAAUGCUGCAGCAGCUUGAUGCCUUCGAUGAGGCGGACCGCCUCCUGCUCGAGGAACUGAUUGCAGACCUCUUUGACGCCAUGGACGAGCCUGUUCUAAGCGUUCCCAUCCAUACCUCACACUGGGAGGAAGGAGAGCCCGAAGCAGGCCCUCUCCUGGAAGCUCCCAUGGACGCCGCAACAAAAGAGCGCUUACGCUCAUGCACCGGCUACCCGCCGAAGGAGGCUGGCUUAGACGUCUUCAACGAUUAUGUCCGAGGCCCACUACGCGAAGCUCUCGUAGACAAACUGGGCGCUGACACCUUCCUGACUUGGCGAAUGUGCUUUGCUGCCUUUAUGCCUUACAUCUUUUACUGUCUGGCGAUGUCUCUUGAGGAGCUCCUCUUAGUUGAGGUAUCUAAUCUAACUCUUGGGAUCCAAAUGUGGGCCUUAUGUUUAGCUCAGUGGCUGAUUCUCGUUUGUGGCAUCCUGCCCCUGUUUCCUUUGUAUCUGGAAGUUGCGCGGGCAGUCGACAGCGCCCUGGACCCCGGUAUUCUGCAGAAGCUGCUCAUGAGCCUCAUGGGCUCUGUCUUGGCGGUUCUUCAAAUCACGCUUGGCAUUGCGACUGGCGGAGCCCUGGAGACGGCAGUCUUCAUGCACUCAUCCAUGUGGCUGUCGAUGUUCUUCAUCCUACUGAGCCUCCUGGUGGCCGUGUUCGCCUACCACUUCUGGAAGGAUGUUGCUUCGUGGUGCUUUACUGUAACGUUACAUCUUUAG